UUUGGUUGCUAGGAGACCAAGUUGGAGGAGCUUAGCCUUCUAACUGGCAGCAAUUGGAUAAAAGCAAUUAUUCCUCUCUCUCUAAUUAGGACUUUAUUUUUCUUUUCUUUUUGUUGUAGCAACCUAGAGGCGUGGAUGAUGGUUUGUGUUGUCAAAUUUCGAGGUUGGGGGGCCUGUAAUUUUGUUGUUUUGUGGGUCGCCGUGAUGCCAUCACUCUUUUAUAUAUAUAGAUUUGUUAUGCAAUGCUUUUGACACGAAAUAAAAUAAAAUUGCUAUCUAUUUUUAUUCUGAAAUUUACCACUCUCGGCUUAUACUGGAGUCAAUGUUUUCCCAGUUUUUUUGUGGUAAAAGUAGGUGCCUCGGCUUAUAUUCGGGUCGGCUUAUACUCGAGUAUAUAUGGUAAUUUCACAUAAAGUAUAGAUAUUAGUUCCCCCCCCCCCACUUUCAUUACCUCUAGUUUGCUUUCUGUUUAGAUUCUCCGCGAUGUGUUUAGAUUCCCCCUCGCUGUCCUGCUGCGAUUAGGUUCUCGCAGCAGUUUAGGCGGCGGGUUCCUUCUUUAAGGAUUUACGCCAACCCUUAGGAACUAAAUAUAGAUGAAAAGACAAUUGGGGAGGGUGCAAAGAAACUUUAUCUUUGUUGGAGGAGGAGAAGAGAGAGAGAAGUUUGCUCUCCCCUCCCUCCCUCCCGCUCGUGCUCUUUUGUUGACACGGGCCGGCGGUGUGGUUUGAAUUGCACGACAUACAGGAAUCCUGUUCUCAUUGCCAGUAAUUGCGCUGACUUACCAGGCAAGCUUCAUUUCCUGAAAGUCAGCCGGGCUGGACUUAGAGGAAGCGCCAUGUGCCCUCCUCUUUCUGACUAAACCAAUCGCCGGAGGCUUUUUUUAUAUUAUUAUCAUCCUCAUCAUCGCAAUUGCAGCAGCACCGGCUUUCUUUCUUUCGUCCGCACUCCUCUUUCUCCUUCUUCCCCACUUUCUCUUUUCUCUCUCCAAUUUUUACCCACGUUCUCCAUGCCACGGCUGCUGCCAUGAACCCGGCCUCCUCGUGUCCCGGGGAAAUCCACAAUCCCGCUUUAAUUUUUCGUCCCAACCCGCAUGCCGACCUAAUAUGUCCCAAGUGCAGUUUUGGCUCAAAUACGCCGCUCUCUUCAAGGACUCUGCAUACCUCAACGAGCUCUCCAGCAACUCCCUCUUCUCCUCCCCCGCGGACUCCCUUUCCGACAUUGCCGAUGCUCAGGAAUUCCUGCCCGCCGACAGCCUCAGCCGCGUGCCCACCAUAUGGGACGUCAGCACGCCACAACAGCAGCAGCAGCCGCACCAAACAGAGCCCUUGCCGCCCGACUUGGAGAGCCUAGAAUGCCUACAGGGAAUCGAAAGCCACCUGCCCGUCACCCCGCUCCUCUCCACGAUCCAGUCCCAAACUCAGGUAGAAGAGGAGGAGGAAGAUGACGAAACGGAGGAGCUGGGCCACGCCGAGACCUACGCCGAUUACGUCCCUUCCAAAUGCAAACUGGGGAAGCAGCACCCGGACCGGGUGGUGGAGACGAGCACCCUCUCCAGCGUCCCUCCCCCCGAUGUCACCUACGCCCUCUCCCUCCCGGAGUCCAUCGGCGACAACGGGCGGCUGUCCGCACUACAGCUGGAAGCCAUUACCUAUGCCUGCCAGCAACAUGACGUCUUGCUCCCAAGCGGACAAAGGGCCGGCUUUCUCAUCGGGGACGGUGCUGGGGUCGGGAAAGGCCGGACCGUCGCGGGAAUCAUCUUCGAAAACUAUCUGAAGGGAAGGAAAAAAGCCCUGUGGUUCAGCGCCUCGAAUGACCUCCGAUACGAUGCCGAGAGGGACCUCAAGGACAUUGACGCGCCCAACAUUCCUGUCCACGCUUUAAACAAGAUUAAAUAUGGCGACACAGCUACCUCAGAAGGAGUCUUAUUUGCCACUUACUCCGCCCUGAUCGGGGAAAGCCAGGCCGGCGGGCAGCACCGGACCCGGUUGAAGCAGAUCCUGGACUGGUGCAAGGAGGACUUCGAUGGUGUUAUUGUGUUUGACGAAUGCCACAAGGCCAAAAACGCCAGCUCCACCAAGAUGGGCAAAGCAGUAUUGGACCUCCAGAAUAAGCUGCCACGCGCCAGGGUUGUCUACGCCAGUGCCACAGGUGCCUCCGAGCCAAAGAACAUGAUCUACAUGAGCCGGCUGGGGAUUUGGGGGGACGGCACUCCUUUUCGCUCGUUCGAUGAGUUCCUCCACGCCAUUGAGAAACGGGGAGUUGGCGCCAUGGAGAUCGUGGCCAUGGACAUGAAGGUGAGCGGGAUGUACAUCGCCCGGCAGCUCAGCUUCUCGGGGGUCACCUUCCGCAUCGAGGAGAUCCCGCUCGACCCCGAGUAUGAGAAGGUCUACAACAAGGCUGCGCAGCUGUGGGCCGAGGCCCUGGUGGUUUUCCAGCAGGCCGCGGACCUGAUGGGCUUGGAGUCGCGCAAAUCCCUGUGGGGCCAGUUCUGGUCGGCCCACCAGCGCUUCUUCAAGUACCUCUGCAUCGCCGCCAAGGUCCGGCGCCUGGUGGAGCUGGCCAAGGAGGAGCUCGGCAAAGACAAGUGCGUCGUGAUUGGUCUCCAGUCGACUGGCGAGGCCCGCACCCGGGAAGUUUUGGACGAGAACGAGGGGCACCUGAACUGCUUUGUUUCUGCGGCCGAAGGCGUCUUUCUCUCACUAAUUCAGAAGCACUUUCCUUCGACCAAGCGGAAAAGAGAAAGAGGAACGGGCAUUAAAAGGAAACGGAAGCAGCGGGUCCGCUGUGGCACAAAAGUCCCCAAAUCCGCCUACGACCUCUCCAGCACCUGCAUCAAGAUCAGCUCUGACAGCAGCUCUGACUCGGAGCCGGGGAUGGAGAGCGAUUUCAACUCUUCCCCGGAGUCCCUCUUCGACAACGACGACGUGAUUCUGGUCGAGCGCGGCAGCACCAACGGCCUGGCCUGCGAGGACCGAGGCGGCAUGUAUAUGCCAAGUUCCCAGAAGGAAAUGCAGGGUCCAGGCACGCUGGAGCACGUGGAGAAGUUGAAGCAGGAGCUCCUGUCCAAAGUGAAGGCACUGGGCAAAGAACUACCUCUGAACACUUUAGAUGAACUCAUCGAUCACUUUGGAGGGCCCGAACACGUGGCCGAGAUGACGGGGCGGAAGGGCCGCGUGGUGCGUCAGUCCGACGGCUCCGUCGUCUUUGAGUCGCGGGCGGAACCCGGGCUCUCCAUCGACAACGUGAACCUCAAGGAGAAGGAGCGGUUCAUGAAUGGAGAUAAACUUGUAGCAAUAAUCUCCGAGGCCUCCAGCUCAGGGAUUUCUCUCCAAGCGGACAGACGGGUAAAGAAUCAGAAGCGGCGCGUCCACAUGACUCUGGAAUUGCCUUGGAGCGCCGACCGAGCCAUUCAGCAGUUUGGUCGGACGCACCGGUCCAACCAAGUGUCGGCUCCCGAGUAUAUCUUCCUCAUCUCCGAAUUAGCCGGCGAGCGGCGGUUUGCCUCCAUCGUGGCCAAACGCUUGGAGAGCCUUGGUGCCUUAACUCACGGGGACAGAAGAGCCACUGAGUCCAGAGAUCUCAGCAAGUACAACUUUGAGAAUAAGUACGGGUCCAGGGCCCUCGACAAGGUCCUUCUCACCAUCCUCAACCAGGUGGAAAACAAAGUCCCGGUGCCCAAAAGCUACGAGAAAGGAGACGUCGCCUUCUUUCAAGAGAUGAAGCAGUGUCUCCUUUCGGUCGGGAUCUGCUGCAGAGAGAUGCGGUACGGAUUGGUGUCCGUGGAGAAAGAUUGCUCCAUCGCCAAAUUCCUGAACCGCAUCCUGGGCUUGGAAGUCCAGAAGCAAAACCUCCUCUUCCAGUAUUUCAGCGAUACUUUCGACUACUUGAUUGACAGGGACAAAAAGGACGGGAAGUACGACAUGGGGAUUCUGGAUCUUGCUCCCGGCGUCGACGAGAUCUACGAAGAGAGCAAAGAGGUGUUUCUGACUCCGGGACACCCUCAAGACGGACAGGUGGUCUUUUACAAGAUCAGCGUGGACAGAGGCAUGAAGUGGGAAGAAGCCUACGAGAAGUCGCUCCAACUGACCGGCCUCCAUGACGGCUUCUACCUCUCCCAUAAGGUCCGGGGCAACACGUACACCUGCCUCCUGGCCGAGCAGAACCGCGGAAAGAAUUUCACCCUCUACAAGCCCAACAUCAGGAAGCACAGCCAUCCGGAGAGCCUGGAAAGCCUUCUCAGGAAAUACCAAAAGGUGUCGCCGGAAGAUGCCAAAGAACACUGGGAGAGCAGCUACGCCUUUUCCCUGCAGUUCUGCAACCAUGCCGUGUGGACCGGGCACUGCAAGACGGUGCAAGACGGGAAGGAGUGCCUGCAGGGCGCCCGCCUGCUCCAUUACUACAUGCUGUGCGGGGCGCUGCUCCGGGUCUGGAGCAAGAUCGCCAGCGUCAUCGCCGACAUCACCAACACCAACUACCUGCAGAUCGUCCGCCUCAAGACCAAAGAGAAGAAGAAGCAAGUCGGGAUCAAAAUCCCGGAGUCUUGCGUCCAGCAGGUGCUGAAGGAGCUGAAGCAGAUGGACGAGAACGUGAAGCAGAAGCAAAGGCAAGCGUUGCAGGCGGCGGCAACUACGGUAGCAGCGGCGGCAUCGACGGCGGUGGCUCGUCCGAAUAUGCCGUACCCGCUCCUUCAGCCGCUGGACCUCAGCCAGUCUGCCGCAUUCUUGCCCUCACAGCAGGACGAGAUCUUGGACCUGACCUACAGCCCCUCCAGCGACGACGGCGGUGGCGGUGGCGGGAACGGCAUCCCCGACUUGUGGUCCGCCGCUUCCCCGCAGCCUCACCCUCCGCCGCAUUACGCCUUCCCCGCUCCUUACAGCGUCGCCCCGUCCCCGCACGAACACUUGCCCGCCGGGGCCCCUCCGCUCCCCAACGGCUUCUCGUUGCCCAGCCAGGACAUCAACUACAAGGAGGUCUUGGAGGAGAUGUUGAACUCCCUCAACGUGGGCCUGGAGGACAAUAGCGCCUCGGCCGCCCCGGAGCGCCAGAGCGUCAUCCAGUUCAGCGGCCCCUUCUCGGGCUUCUUCGACGAGGACAGCUGAGUCUUGGCCUCUUCGGGGUGUGUUUGUUUUUUUGUACCGCUCGGACCACUCAAGGGACAGGGACGAACGCAGAAGCAAAGUUUAUUUAUAUAUAUAUAUUAUACAGUCACCUGUUACUAAAUUUUUUAUAUCUAUACCUAUUGACGUACGUCUCGGAAUAGAGGUCCAGGAACGGGGGCGACGUGGGGUGGCACCUUAUGCAAACUACUGAGUUGGAAAGUCUACACUGCCAUCUAAUCCAGUUAAAAUCUGAUAAUCUGUAUUUUAUAGGCAGUGUGGAAGAGGCCUAAGUGAGGCCUAACUCUGCCUGUCCCCUGGGUGAGUGGGUUGCUAGGAGACCAAGUGGGCGGAGCUUAGCCUUCUAACUGGCAGCAAUUGGAUAAAAACCAUUAUUCCUCUCCCUCUAAUUAGGACUUUAUUUUUCUUUUCUUUUUGUUGUAUCAACCCAGAGGCGUGGAUGAUGGGUUGUGUUGUCAAUUUUCGAGGUUGUGGGGUGUUUAGUUUUGUUGUUUUGGCGGUCGCCAGGAUUCCAUCACUCUUUUAUAUAUAUAUAUAUAUAUAUAUAUAUAUAUAUAUAUAUACUAGCUGUGCCUGGCCACGCGUUGCUGUGGCUUAUGGGAAUGCUUUGUUGGCCAGGUGGAAUAGCAAUGAAUAGCCUUGCAGCCUCAAAAGCCUGAAUCCUGGCUGUACCCCGGUUGCUAGGAGACAAAGUGGGCGGGGCCUAAAGGGGGCAGGGCCUACCCUUCUGACCAGCAACCAGGGUUGAAAACAUUGCCAUAUUAUCCAGUUCAAAUCAGAUAAUCUGUAUUUUAUAGGCAGUGUGGAAGAGGCCCUGGGCGCCAUUAAAUGGCUGAGUGGGGAAAAAAGAGUUCUUCCUCCUUCUCUAAUUUGGACUUUAUUUUCCAGGUUUUUUUGUUUGAAAGACAUAGAUGGGAUGGCUAUGUCUUUUGUGGCCAAAUUUGGUGUGAUUUGGUCCAGUGGUUUUGUUGUUUACUCACUCCUACAAACGUACAUUACAUUUUUAGAUAUAUAGAUUCCUUCUCCGGACGGGAGCUCAAUUCCGCCCUGUGGUGGCUCAAAACACAAGUGUAUUGUUUAUUAUUUUUUCCUCUAGUUUUGGACUCCAGCUCCCAAAAUUCCUGGCCUAGGAGGAGGCAUUCGCGGCCAAUUCGGGAUCAGCACGUCAAUGCAACAAAUGCCAUAUUCCGAGCCUAGGAGUGUCAGGAUCACAACAGCAAGUAGGCAGGUUGGUAGGUAGAUAGAUAGACAAGCUUGUAUUUUCCAAGGAUAUUUUCCAUUAUUUUGCUCCCACCCCGUUAGGGUCAUUCCAUGCCAAAAUUUAAAAAAGUUCCUACCAUUGUGUUCUGUCAUUGUGAGGGUUAAAUUGAGACUUAUUCAUCUCUCUGUCUCAAUCUCCCUUCCGUCGGCAAUCUAGCAAUCUGAACAUUUGUUUUGUUCGUUAAUUUUGAAAAAAAAAUGGCCUCAUAAUUUUUUUUCUAAUAAUUCUUGCAUCUUGGUAUUGAUAAGUAAGUUUGAUUGCGUUCGUAAAUUGGUAUCCUAUAUCCAAUUUUUUCAAUAUUAGCAGUCCCAAUUUAUGUUGUCAAAAGCCUUUUCUGCAUCAUUAAUUUCAUCGGAAUCAGCAGGAAAAAAAACUGUACAGGAUUUUCAAUUUACUAGCCCACUCUGUCAUUAUUAGUAGGAAGAAGUCCCAAUUUAUGUUGUCAAAAGCUUUUUCUGUGUCAUUAAUUUCAGGAAAAAAAACUGUACAGGAUUUCAAUUUUUAUACUAAACCAUACAUUUAGUUUCAAUUUUAUUAGACCCUAAAAAUGGCAUUAAUUUCAUCGGAAUCAAUAGAAAAAAAAAUGAACAGGAUUUCAAUUUACUAGCCCAUUCUGUCAUUAUUAGUAGGAAAAAGUCCCAAUUUAUGUUGCCAAAAGCCUUUUCUGCUUCAUUAAUUUCAUCGGAAUCAGCAGGAAAAAAAACAGUACAGGAUUUUCAAUUUACUAGCCCAUUCUGUCAUUAUGAGUAGAAAGAAGUCCCAAUUUAUGUUGUCAAAAGCCUUUUCUGCUUCAUUAAUUUCAUUGGAAUCAGCAGGAAAAAAAACUACAGGAAUUUCAAUUUACUAGCCCAUUUUGUCAUUAUUAGUAGGAAAAAGUCCCAAUUUAUGUUGUCAAAAGCCUUUUCUGCGUCAUUAAUUUCAGGAAAAAAACUGUACAGGAUUUCAAUUUUUAUACUAAACUAUACAUUUAGUUUCAAUUUUAUUAGACCCUAAAAAUGGCAUUAAAUGUCGUGCGUAUGCUGACUGACUGGCCUUCAAAUAAGGAGUCUAAAUCAGCAACUAUUUCAGUUUGAGACUUCACAUUUUGGGAAACUUGGUUUAACAUCUGACUAAAAUUUGAACAAAAUUGGAGAUGUGAUAUUAAUGAAGACAUUGUGGCAUUGAAUGUUUGCCGUUUUUAUGUAUGUUAACCGCCCUGAUUCCCUCUGGGGAGAGAGGGCGAUCUAGAAAUAGUUUAUAUUAUUAUUAUUAUUAUUUUAUUAUGACAGCAAACAAGAUAGAUAUGCUGGAUUUCGUAUCACAAAAUCAAAAGUCGAACAAUGUCAGCUCUAGUUUGUAGUGCGGUUUUCUUGUACUUCCCAAGUGUCUAGGACUGUGUGAUGUAUUGUCGGAUGAUGCGUGCAGAUCCCAGUAGGGUGGCCUUUUGCAGUUGGCAGAUCGUGAUUUUGUCAAUUAUUAUUAUUAUUAUUAUUAGACCACUUGGCAUGGAAUGACCCAUUAGCCAAGUCCCUGAAUAAGAGCAGGACGGAGCGGAAUAAUGAGUUGUUUACCUGUAACUGUUUCUUUUCGAGCGAUCUGUGAAAUUCGCACAUAGGUGCGAUUUCACAGACGCCACAAAGAAGAAAAGACCCUCUAAUACUCAGGAAAAGGAUUCGGAGGCACUUUUUGAAGUCCUCACCAAAUAUAUGGUUGCUUAAUGGGAUCGGAACCCUUCUUUGCUUCUUUUCGAACUGUUGUGUGUUUUAAACCUACUCUCAUAAACCUGACACACCUUAGAAGGGUAAAAUCAAAACUCUUUUUUCCAUUCGAACUGUCUUGCGUUUUAAGCCCACUCUCAUAAACCUGACAUACCUGAGAAGGGUAAAAUCAAACCUCUAUUUUUUCCAUUCGAACUGUUGCAUUUUAAGCCUACUCUCAUAAACCUGACACCUCUGAGAAAGGUAAAAUCAAACCUCUCUCUUUUUCCCAUUCGAACUUCUGUGUGUUUUAAGCCUACUCUCAUAAACCUGACACACCUGAGAAGGGUAAAAUCAAAACUCUCUUUUUUCCAUUCGAACUGUCGUGUGUUUUAGGCCUACUCUCAUAAACCUGACACACCUGAGAAGGGUAAAAUCAAAACUCUUUUUUCCAUUCGAACUGUUGUGCGUUUUAAGCCUACUCUCAUAAACCUGACACACCUGAAAGGGGUAAAAUCAAACCUCUAUUUUUUCCAUUCGAACUGUUGCGUUUUAAGCCUACUCUCAUAAACCUGACACACCUUAGAAGGGUAAAAUCAAAACUCUCUUUUUUCCAUUCGAACUGUCUUGCGUUUUAAACUUACUCUUAUAAACCUGACACACCUGAGAAGGGUAAAAUCAAAUCUCUCUUUUUUCCCUUUCUUCCCUUUAUAUACAAUCCCCGCUCCAGGAUCUCGCCCUUCGCCUUAUCAGGAGAAUUAAAAUACUACUAUAUUAUGUUAACAGCGAACCUUUUAAACUAAAUUAUUACACUGUUUUUGUUUAUUGAUUGUGUAUGUAUUUUGUAGAAAAAAAUGGUGGAGAAAAAAAAAAAACACCUUCUUCCCCUUUUUCCUCUUCUGUCCCUCUCUCAAUGGCACUUUCUAACCUGCUUAAUUAUCGUAAUAAUAAUAAUAAUAAUAUUUUUUUCUAUGCAUAUUUAUAAUUCGUGGGGAAUUGUAUAUAUGUAAAAAAAAAUACCCAAACGAACCUGGGGGAGGGUUUGCUUUUCUUUUGUUUUUCCCUCCUCUUUGUGGAAAAAAAAAAUGUGCCUUUUGAAUGAAUGAUGCCGGGAUUUUCUAUUUGCACCCGAAGGAUUAAAAUUGUUGCCAUUUCCGCUCAGUGGA